AUGGAGUUCUUCAAAAGAGGCGCAGGCUCGCUCUUUAGCUCCUCCAACGUCUCCCUCGCCUCCUCGCGCACAGACGAGGACACAGACGCCGUUGGCGACAACGCCCUCGCCGCGGACGGGUUUCGGUCCGUCCCCGCGCAUGACGACUUAUUCACCAAAGUCGACCCCGCCGUUGAUGGAGAAGAGUGCCUACACGACUGUGCGACGUGCACAGUCAAAUACCCCGCGAAAUUCGAGAUCGAUCAAGAAGACGAGUUGUAUGGCCAGGUGAAAGGGUGGGCGACGCACCUGCUCGUCGCCACGGGAAAGUCGGAUUGGGUGCGCGACGUGGCCGACGAGGAGGGGAGUGUCAUGGAGGCAAUUGAGAAGGGUGGGAUAGAACCGAGCAACGGGGUGCGUGGCUGGGUUCUUUUAGCUUUUGGCAGAGAUCUGUAUUGA